GCACUGAGCUUUUCACAGUCGUACGAAAACUGCACUACUGUAGUCACUGCUUAAGUUUUUAUUCCCGUGAAGUACAUGAAGACAAGCUCUUGGCCAAGCGAGACGGCAUCGAAUAUUAUCCUGUUUGUAAGAUGAAGUCUUCAUUUGUUGUUCUCAUCGGACUGUGCAUUUGUCUGCAGGGGAGCUGGAGUAAUCCUGCUUGUGGUGUACAAGGGAAGUACCCCAGGAGUUGUCAGACCCUACCAAGACAUUCAGUGAGCGGUGUGUACAAGAUUCARCCAAUCCCCGAUAUUGACCCCAUUGAGGUGUACUGCGAGAUGGCGAUCAGUGGUGGUGGCUUCACGUUCCUUCCUCGCAGCUUCACCAGAUUACCCUACGCCACGCGAAUCGUCAGGGCUUUAUUCCUUGACAAAAAGAACGUGUUGCUCAAGUUACAAAAGAAAAACGAUCGUAGCGAGGCAUACACCCUGAUCCAACCCCAUCCAUCCUUUGCCAAUACUGAUUUUGGAGUUUUGGUMAACAGUUUUUCGGGCUACACUGCUCCGAAGAACGCCUUCAUGGGAGAGUACAUCUUCCUCGGUAUCAUCCCUGCAUCGGCUGCCAGGAACAAAAAAAUCCAAGGCUUUAAAGCCAACGGGCACACGAUCCAGUUCAGAAAAUGUGGCAUAUYCCCUAACAGCUUGUUUGCGUUCAUGCCAAACCAUAACCUACAAAACCCAAGUGGCUUUCAUCCGAAUCUGGUAUAUGAGAGUUCUGGUGUUGCCGUGGACUGGCGUUCUAGGGCCAUCCCCAUCACCAAUCCAGACCGUAUCAUGMYCAAUCAGUUCUUCUUCCUGACCGAGUUGCACUUUGGAGGCUGUGGCUGCUACACCUCUAGCAACCGCUGGAUCAAGGACGGCUAUCACGCUACUGCCAUUGGAAUCCGCUAAGACUGACCUAUCCGUCUAGAUCUCCCACUAGUGUAGGUCAAUAGGUAGAUUUGACACAGGAAGCCCAUUAUCGGUUUUUGACAAAAUAUGUAGUAAGCUAAAAGAACGCCGGGGAAUAACCAAUGUGAUAAUCAAUAAAGUUAGUAUGAACAUGAA